AUGGCGGCAACUAUAAAAAUACGCCAAGUCGAAGCCCUGAAAUGUAUGCUCAAUUUGAACACAACACCAAACUGUUCGGAUGGUCCACAAUGGAAGAUUUUGAUAUACGAUCAAUUGGGAAGAGAUAUCAUUUCCCCCUUGCUGACGGUCAAAGAUUUACGUAUGCUUGGUGUCACCCUACAUUUAAUGUUGAACUCCUCUCGUGAACAAAUUCCUGACGUUCCAGCUGUAUAUUUUGUCUAUCCUUCCAAAGAUAAUAUUCACAGUAUAUGCAAGGAUUUUGAAGCAGGUAGAUAUGAUUCGUAUUACUUGAAUUUUAUCAGUCCAAUAUCACGAGAAUGCUUAGAAGAGAUAGCUCAAACAGCGUUGUCUGAAAACUGUGUUCAUCAGAUUGCAAAAGUUUUUGAUCAGUAUACUAAUUUUAUAUGUUUGGAGGACGAUUUGUUAACUCUCAAUGCAUCGAGUGAUGACCCAUCUUCCUUUUAUGCUUUAAAUCGUUCAAAAGCUACUGAAGCUGAUGUGGAAAACGUCAUUCAUUCAGUUGUUGAUGGGUUAUUUUCAGUUUUUGCGACACUUGGAACAAUACCUAUUAUACGUUGUCCGCGUGGAAAUGCUUCAGAAAUGGUAGCAUCUCACUUGGACUCAAAAUUUCGAGACAGUCUACGAGAUUCUCGAAAUUCACUUUUCAUGAGCAAUGCAGCACGUAGUUAUGGUGUCAGUGUAAACGAUGACUCUUCUGGUGACCGUCUAGGAUUGAAUUCAUCUAACAGAAAUCCUCAAAUAAACUCACCUUCAAACUUAUUUCAACGUCCUCUGUUGAUUCUUCUGGAUCGUAGUUUGGAUCUAGCUUCACCACUUCAUCAUGAAUUAUCCUAUCAAAGCUUAAUCCACGAUGUUUUUAAUAUUCGUCUCAAUCGUGUUCAUGUGAAUUUGGAUUUGACCAAGCCUAUUUCAGAGGAUGAAAAAUCUAAGAUUUCCGAUCGGAGUAUCAAAAAGUCUAAAGUAGUUGAAUACGAUUUAACUGGAUCAGGUGAUCGUUUAUGGAGGGAUUUUAGAAGCGCUGCAUUUUCUGAUGUUGCAGAAGCAAUACAUGAAGAAGUUACUAUUCUAAAGGAUUAUGAUAGACGUAUGAAUGAGUUAAAGUCAUCAUUGGGUGGUUCAACUGACAUAGAUAUACUAGCUUCUUCGUCUACAAUGACUUUCCUGGAUGAUAAUACCACUAAAUUGACGAAUGCUAUUAACUCUUUACCUCAAUUAAUGGAGCGUAAACGAUGUCUUGAUAUGCAUACCAAUAUCGCAACUUCUUUGGCUAAUGUUAUCAAAGAUAGACAAAUACAUUCAUUUGCUGAAGAAGAAGAUCACUUAUUUGCUAAGAAUAAUCCAUCCACAGAACAAAGUUUAAACGAGUUGAUCAGUAAUCCAUCAAUUGGUACACCUGAAGAUAAACUGCGUCUACUAAUUAUUGCUGCUUUAGCUGGAACUAGUCGAAUUGGUACAAACACAAAUACGGGAAGUAAUAUUGUUAGUGGAUCUACAACUGGAUUGAACAACUUGAGCACAAAUUCUACUGGUGUUGAUUUCUGUCUGUCAGAUGGAGAAAUUGACCGUUUAAAAACAGUUCUACAAAGCGCUUAUCCAGAUUUAGAUAUCAGUCCGGUUAAUUAUGUACAACAUUUUCGACGAAUUCCAAAAGCUGGUCAACUAGCUGAUAAUGUGAUGGAGAAUAUUAAAGGGGCUGGAAGUCGUAGUGUUCUCAAUAAACUUGUCUCUCAUGGUUCAGCUAUACUACUUACUGGAAUGAGACACUUAAUUGGUCAGAAAUCGUACCUUCCGUUUACUCGAAUUGUAUCACAACUAAUGGAAAAUAAAAGUGGUUCUGAAUUUGAAGAUUAUGCCUACUUCGAUCCGAAAUUAUACAGGCGUCAAGAUGCUAAUGUGCCUCGUGUCAAGCAGCCUUUCGAUGAAGCUUUUGUUUUUGUGAUUGGUGGAGGCAGUUAUGUAGAAUAUCAGAAUCUACUAGACUGGGUUAAGUCAACUGGUAGCACCACUCUUUCAUCUACUGGCUCCUCGGGAUCUUUGGCAAGUUCUGUGAAUGGAAUAAGCAGUCGGUCUGGUCCAGGAGCUCAUGAUUUAUCGAAUUCUCUCAACGUCAUGGCACCUGCUUACUCGAAACAUGUUACUUAUGGUUGCACCGAAUUACUUAGUCCUAGUGAAUUUUGACUGAAGUAAGCAUAUCAUGAGUCAUAAGUAGUUGUUAUUUGUAUUUUCUAGCAUUGAUGCUCAUAUUCUUUCUACUGAAGCGUUUUCUAAUAUUAUAUGGAACUAUUGCAUAAGAAGCAUGAAUCUGUUAAAAAAUUCCCGUUUCUUUUGCAGUUUAUGCUUUGCAUAAUAUAAGUAUUCUCAAUUACUUUUGAGCUUUUAGGGAAUUUACCAAUUGAUAACUGAUACCUUGCUCUAUUAUCCAGCAUACCUAUUAAAUUGGUUUACCUAAGGGGAGUUUAUACUUUUUUGUUUUGUCUAAAUACAGGAAGGUCUAAAGCACCAUUGACUAUACCCCAAAAUAAACUUCAGUGUUGUUAAAUAAGAGGCAAUGCACCCUUCUCCUUCCGUUAAAUAUACCAUUUGUGCUUUAAAGUUACUUAUAAAUUUCGUAGAAGCGAUUCAAAUACAUCUCUGAAAACUUGGCUGAACUAUCAAAUAUUUGUAGAAACUAUUCACAGCUUCUAUGAGUGCCACUUCAUGAAACAUCUUUGCUUGAAUAAGACAUCUGUUAAUCGUUCAUUUCAUGGUUGAGUACUAUCAGUCUAAAACAAGUUUAUGCCUUUAUAUCAAAGUAACUCUUGUGUUUUGAAGUCUUCCCCAUUCCCGUAGAGAAUCAUUCUUGGAGUAUUUUCAGUAUCAUUACUGUAACCAUCUAUUUUUCGUCAAUGGAUAUUCAGCAUAAAACAUCUAGGUUCUUACUAAGUGUAAAUAUAGUUUCUAAAUGUUCAACAUCCCUCGUUACUUUUGAAGCGGAAAAUAGUGCUGCACAAAUGUUCUGCAUUUGUGCUUCUCAUAUUCGCUUCAAAUGUGUAACUUAAGUGUACUGAGUGCUUCUCUCCGAAUAGAUAUUCUUUAGGAUUUAUGUAUGUAUUAUCAAAAUUGCGUACUCCGUCAACAAAACUUAUACUCAAGUGAUCCCAAAUAUAUUUUAGAAUAACUCUUGUUGUGUAAAUAUUCGGUGCCCUUCUGCAAAGCUUUAUUCUCCUUACUAAAAUACGUAAGUAAAUAGCAAUGAAAAUAAUGGAACUCAAUCCUUUACAGGUUUAUGUACAAGGCUUUUUGGCCAUACCUAUUGUGUAAAGGCUCAUUAUACUACCAUCUGCCCGGGCCAAGAUUUGAACCAGGAUCCUAUUGCUUGAUAGUUAGGUGCUUAAUGGAAUGAGCCACAUCUUUACAUUACGAAACGUAUUAUCUCAUAAUGCAGAAACGUAGCCUUUUAUCCUGCAUGUCUAACAACGUAAAUUUAGUGUUUCAUUGUAUAGAAAAAAGUAAUUAGCCUUUUUUUACGCAUAACAGUCCACAAUAAAUGUUUUAUGGCUAAGACCCAAAGACCACAUAGAACAUGCCUAUAUUUUCAAUCUUUAAUGCUGUAUGAAAA